UUCUUUCGUCAUUUACACGGGCACACGAAUGCACGUACGCGUAGUUGGUUCGAGCCUCUUUCUCUCGCGCUCAAAGUGACACUGGAGUCCCGAAUACGCGUUGAAUCAACAGCCGGUCGAAACGAGUGCGUGCGCGAGUUGCGUCUUAUUGUCGCGUUCUAUUGAAAGAGUUAUAAAAUUACUAAAUUAAAAAAAAAAACAAUUACUGUUUUUCGAUAGUCCUCUUUUCCGAGUGAGUGCUAUUUUGAGAAUAAAAAACAAAUAAGAAGAAAGAGCGUGCUUUACGGAAAACAUGUUGGAAUAGCAGACCACCCGAUACAUCGCGUCUCUCCGUCAUCGCUUCCCUUCCCUUGCCCCUUUCCUCUUCGCAGAUGUGUUAUGUUUUUUAACUUAUUUCCGUAUUGAAACGUCAGUCACGUUAUCCUGACCAAAAUUUGCGCGUUUUUUUCGAGCCUAGAAAGGAAUAAAACGUGUGUGCAUUAUUUAAGCUCGAGGAUGAGCUCAAACAACGCCAAAGCGCUUUUUGCUUGCUCCGGAUGCUUUUCCAGACAUCCUUUCGAAGAACUGUCACCCGGACAACAAUUGUGCAAGGAGUGUCGAGGCUCUUAUCCAGUGGUUAAGUGCACAUACUGCAGAUCGGAAUUUCAACAAGCCAUCAAGGGUAAUACCUGCACAAUUUGCAAAAAGUGUGAGCAAAAUGUGAAAGCUUAUGGGAAACCAUCCGCCUGCGAAUAUUGCAAUACUAUAGCUGCGUUCAUAGGCAGCAAAUGUCAGAGAUGCACGAAUUCUGAAAAACGAUACGGCCCACCUGUAACCUGCGAACAGUGCAAACAGAAGUGUGCCUUCGACAGACAGGACGAAGACAAAAAAGUCGAUGGCAAACUCUUAUGUUGGCUCUGUACUCUUUCGUACAAGCGAGCCUUGGCGAAAACGAAACAGAGCGAUGCAGACAGGAGAGCUCACUUGAAAAUGUCCCACGAUCGUGCGACGAAACACAAGGAACAAAAGAUCAAAGUUCACAACAAGAGACCGCAGAGAGGCGAUGUAACGAAAUUGCCGCCUCAAUCGGAAGUGCCAGAAACGAACGGUCCAGCACCGGUGAAGAUUGCAAGAAUGGUACCGAUCCACGAUCAUCACGAUCCCAACAGUUCCGACCACGUGGUUGCAGUCACACAGUUGAAGGAAAAAAUUGCCCUCUUGCAAAAGCAGCUUACCCAAAAAGACAACCAAUUAUUAACCAAGGAUAGACAGAUACACGAAUUAAAAGCGAAAAACUUCACUUCCGAAUCGGAAUUGCGUAAUAAGAUGAAAGCUACGGAAAAGGAGCACGAUAAUAAGGUUUCUUACAUGCAACAAAAGAUUUCGGGUCUAUUGAAAGAAGUUGCGGCCUUGUCGAAAAGUACGAAGCGUGGCGAUCGCAUUGCCGCAACGAAGAGCGAAGCAAGUACUAACAGUGGAAGCGGAACUGACAGUCCGGUACCUUGAUAAGGUAGGAUAAACGAUUAAAUCUUAUUUGUCACACAGCGGUGCGUUAUGUAUAGAUACAUAUAUAUAUAAAUAUACAGGAAAUUGUAUAUAAAUGAAGAAUAAUGUCAACUUGAAUUCCAGACUGAAUUUGGAGUCGGAAAGACUGAUACCGUUGUUCGAUCAAUUUUUCACAACAGUUUAUUGCUUCUUUGCGAUUGUCAAUGAGUUUCGCUCUAUUUUACAAAUGCUAUCGAAACGGUUGGAGAUAGAGCAAACAUGUACAGAAUCAAUUUUACAGAGCAUGAAAUUUCCCAUGAAAAAUCCCAUGCUGCUUUGUUCUACCUUCAGGAGUUAAAAAUACUGAAUUUUCGAUUUCUUCAAGCUGUCUUGAAGAGUUCCUUUUUCAAUGGGCUCUCGAAACGAAAGGACUGGAGAUACACAAACGUUUAUUCGGACUUUUUUGUAGGAAAUUUUCUGCCCUACGAUAAUGGCCCAAUGCAUAUUUGCUCUAUUUUCACUGGUUGACCCGAAAAAUUGAUGAAAUGGUAUGAGACGUUUCGCCUCGAAAUUCAGCACGUAAUUUGACCUGACAUUGUAGACCAUUUAAGCUGGCGAUUCCUGCAUACGUAAGCGGCGGUGCUCGUGUUCCAUAAUCCUCAAUCCACCAUAUCGUUUUUCCACAACAUCGAACAAACGCCAUUUAAAUGUACAACGAAAAAGAAAAAAAGUAAAAUGUUUCAUUCCAUAGUUGACGAAGGAGAGUAACCGCUCGAGUCAUUUGAGAGGAUACCGUUAUCAGGGAUUCGUUCCUCGCGUUGCCCGCUCUGCGACACUUUAUGUUUUAACAACAAAAUUUCCGAGAAAAACUCCCAAAAUCGAAUCACGUGAUACUGAGAAAACAUAAAAUGAAAUUAAAUGAAAUACGAAACGAAAUAAACAAACUCUUACGUACAGCUGAUUGUUUAAAUCGUAA